AUGUCACUAUUUCCUUCAACGGUUAGUGCCACUCUAGUCACGGAGAGUUUAUGGCGCAAAUUUCAUCAGCACACCACUGAAAUGAUCGUCACGAAAAGUGGACGGAAAAUAUUCCCUAAAAUUGAGUAUAAGCUGCACGGAAUGAAUCCCGACGAAUCAUAUGCGAUUAUGCUGCGCAUUGAAAGAGUGGAUGACAUGAGGUAUAAGUUCAGUGCGGGUGACUGGUCCACAAACGGCAAGGGCGAAGUGCAAACGCCAGCUCGCAGUAUUCCUCAUCACGACGGUGCAGUUGACACUGGACGAGCUUGGAUGAGCAAGACGGUAGCGUUCGAUCGAGUGAAAGUCACCAAUAAUCAGCAAGACAACGAUCCGUUCCAUGUGAGUUUUUCUUUUGGCUGGUACAAAUAA